AUGUGGAGCACGGCGGCAGCAAGCCCCACAUCUCACCCAGACACGGCCGGGGAGCCCCGCACCAGCCCCUUCCCAUCCUCCACAUCCUGGCCUGGAGCAGGACACAUCUCGUCCAGCCGUGCGGGGUACCCAGAGCCCGAGGUCACCUUUUCAUCCAGGGUCUCCACCUACUUCUCAGCUGCCGAUGAACCUUCCACUGUGGACAGCAUCCGUCGCUCCCUAAGCAGCUCAAGUGCCGAGGAGAGGAUGUCCAGCCCCAUCACUGGUCCUGUGUACAGUUCAUCCACGUCUGCUGGUGGUGGAGAGAGGACGCUGCACUCGGUGACGGGCAGUGGGCUGGCUGGCCGCACGGAAAGCUCCACUUCCUAUUCCUCCAGCUCUCCAGGACCGGUUGAGCCGGUGUUGGUGGAGCAGAGCGGGACAGCCAAUGCCUCCACCAGCAGUGGGGGCUUCACGGGCUUUGCAACAGAGACACUCUUCGCACGUUCUUCCAAGAUACCCACUUCUUCUUUCCAAAACGAUCUCACAAGCUUUUCAAGUAGCCACCAGCCAGUCAGUAGCAUUGAUGCUGAGAAAAGGACCUCAGUUUCUCAUACGGAUGGCACAUACAUUUCAACCACAUAUACCAGAGGAGGAGAAAGGACCCUCCUGUCUAUCAUCUCAAAUAGCAGCACCUCUGCUGACUCCUCAGAAAGUUCCACCUUUUUUUCUGAAAUUUCCAACCCUUCUGAUUCAUUGAAGUCUUCUGUGACGCAGGACAAAAGGAGCAACAUGUCCAGCGAUGGCAGUUUUGUUGAACCAUCUACAGAGCCAUUGCUGGUACACUCUUCCAAACUAUUGACUUCUGCUUCUGCAGGCAGCAACAUCUUUAUCUUCGUCAACAUUUCCAGAAUCUUCCUCAGUGCCAUCGUUGCUUCACUCACUGUCAUCAACACCACCACCAACUUAUUUGUUUACAUCAUCAGAUCCAAUGACAGUGAUCAAGCAAGCACCUCUGUAGCUACGACGGUGGUCAGGCGGGUGCCCUCCACAGCUGCUGUGGCCAGGAGCUCGCCCAGAGGGACCAACAAGCACAAUGUCAUGUACCAGCCCCAGAGCAGCACCACCUUCAUCUCCACUGGGUCUCCUCUCCCCACAGCGCCCAUGGAGCAGCUUGGUGGACGCAUCAUUUCCGUGUCUGCUCCUGUGACGGUAACGGAGACUGCCUCGCUGAGACCCACCACCUCCCAGCGAGGCAGCUUCGGGAAGGCAACACCACUGCCCACCACGGCUGGUGAUGCCCCACAGGCUGGGCCCACAGAUGCACCCCUUAGUCGGUCACCAAGUGCAACAAACCACAGUGUCAUUGUCCCUGUGGUGGCACUGACCACGGUGAAACCUCCUGUGCUGACAACACCAGCCAGUCAGUGGCCAAACCCAGGUGAUGCUAGAACAACAAAACCCUACACGGCUCAAACGCCCGCUGCCACUAAGCACGUGUAUACCACUGGUGAAAGCACCGAAGCUGUGGAUCCCACCACUCCAAGGCCUGGCAAAGUCACUGAGGAAAACAUCCCUGUUACGAGUCCUUCUGAAGCCCCUCCAGCCAGCAAGACCACUGUGAGCAUUGCAACUACUAUGGCUGCUACCAAACCAACCACUGUUCCUCUGUCAAGUAGCACAACCGGGCUGAGGACAUCGUCUCCAGAAACAGAUGUGGAUAAAUGUCUUUCCAACCCUUGUCCUGCGCUGGCCACCUGCAACAGCGCCCGUGGCUCCUAUAUCUGUCAGUGUCCUCUGGGAUAUGAGCUGGAAAAAGGAAAGUGCAAUCUAGUAAGAAUAUUUAUCGGCCAGGUGCCCCUGAAACUUAAUAUUACCCAUGGGAAGUACGCAGAGCUCCCCCACGUUGAAGAUGAAAUCCUGGCGAUGCUGGAUGCGUCGCUGUCAGGCUUGCCGGGGUACCACCACUCUGUGGUUAAGGUGACCAGGGAGGCAAAUUUUGUGCAUGUUUCAGUGCAAUCCACGUUCUCUUUAGCAUCCAACGUGACUUUCUAUGACGUUAUCGGCAGCGUGAAAAGCUACAUUCGAGCUUGCAAAUCCCCCACCGAAGCCUGCCAGUUCAUCUCCAGCCUGAAACCGCUCCACAGAGUUGGCAGCCUGUGCAAGCAGAAAGACCCCGAAUGUGACAAGGAAACUUCUGAAUGCACCGAUUUCGAUGGGGUUGCGCUCUGCCAGUGCAAAAGUGGAUACUUCAAAUACAACAAGAUGGACCACUCCUGCAGAGCCUGUGAAGAUGGAUAUAAGCUGGAAAAUGAGACCUGUGUGAGCUGCCCGUUUGGCUUAGGUGGAUUCAACUGUGGAAACCCAUACCAGCUCAUCACUGUGGUGAUCGCAGCUGCGGGAGGGGGACUUCUGCUUAUCAUGGGCAUAGCACUGAUUGUCACCUGCUGCCGGAAGAAUAAAAAUGACAUAAGUAAACUCAUUUUCAAGAGUGGAGAUUUCCAGAUGUCACCAUAUGCUGAAUAUCCGAAGAACCCACGGGCACAGGAGUGGGGCAGAGAGACCAUUGAGAUGCAGGAGAAUGGAAGCACCAAGAACCUGUUGCAGAUGACAGAUGUGUAUUAUUCGCCAACUGGACUGAGAAAUCCUGAACUGGAAAGAAACGGACUUUAUCCUCCCUACACUGGUUUGCCUGGAUCUCGACAUUCAUGCAUCUACCCUGGACAAUACAAUCCAUCCUUCAUUAGUGACGAAACCAGAAGAAGAGACUAUUUUUAG